AUGAGCUCAGCCAAGGAGGAGGUGAAUGCAACGGCUGCCGCCGCAGAAGUAGCAGAGCAUGUGAAGCCCACUGAGAAUUCCCCCGGUGAGGCAGCACUCGAGGCCGAUGUUCCGGACCCCGAUGAGGACGAUCUAGACGACCUGGAUGACAUGCUGGACGAGUUUUCAUCUGUCAAGCUAGACACGAAGAAGCCAAGCGAGGCCGCUCCUCAUCCGGCGACGGCGCAGCCCGCACAGACGGAGGCCAAAGAUGAUCACACCAAAAAAGCCGAGUCACCAUUCGCAGGGCUUGGGGAAGACUUCUCGGAUGAGGACUUUGCCAAGCAGCUGCAGGCAGGCAUGGCUGACCUGUUGGGCGAAUUCGAAAAAUCGCCCGACAUGCAGUCUCAGUUCGAGGAAAUGUUCAAGCAGAUAAAUGCUUCUGCAGGGGCAGAGGAUGCCAGUGGUGCGCCGGGUAUGCGGCCCAGCACUACCGGUACAGCGGCCGCCAAGUCUGCCAGCGGCGCCGCUGCAGACCGGCCUGCAGCCUCUACAGACGGAUCGUUCCAGGAGACGAUCCGCCGAACGAUGGAGCGAAUGCAGAAUUCUGGCGACCAAGCCACGGCGGCGGCCGCGUCAAGCAGCGAGGACGACUUCAUGACCGAGAUGCUUAAACAGCUCUCGUCCGGUGACUUCAAGGGCGGCGAGGGCGGCGAGGAGGAGUUCUCCAAGAUGCUUAUGGGCAUGAUGGAGCAGUUGACUAACAAGGAGAUCCUGUAUGAGCCCAUGAAGGAACUCAACGAGAAGUUCCCCGAGUGGCUCGAUAAGAACCGGUCAGAGACAUCGGCCGAAGACCUCAAGCGAUAUGAGGAGCAAAGAGUCCUGGUGGCUGAGAUUGUCGCCAAGUUCGAAGAGACUUCGUACUCCGACUCGAGUACAGCCCACCGGGAAUACAUUGUUGACAAGAUGCAAAAGAUGCAAGCCGCGGGAUCUCCGCCGUCAGACCUUGUGGGGGACAUGGAGUCGGCACAGGAAGCCUUUAACGGAUCAGAUGAGCAGUGCAAUCCCCAGUAG